AUUUUUGUUUGCUGCAUUUCCUUCCAAGCCUGGGAGCAGUGUCACUUUAAGACUCUCCGAUAAGCGUGGGUUGUAUUGUGACAGACUCUCUCUCUCUCUCUCUCACUGUUGUAGGAGAAAGACUGAGCUCCUGACUGACUGGCUGACUGAUUGACUGAUCCAAGCCAUGUGGGGUGUGAGAAGCAGAUUCUUAAUCGUCCUGCUCUUCUCGACCGCUUUUACGAUCGACCUGCUCUUCAACAUCUUACCGAAGUUGCAGCAGCGGUCGAUUCGGAACCUGCGCUGCCCGUGUGAGGAGUCUUUCAACAGCAGCGCUGUUCUGCGGGGCUCCCCGCCCCUCAACACAACUCUCUCCAAACUCCGCCAACUCUUCUCGCACCCUUUGUACCGGGAACAGAAGGUCGCCCGGGGAACUGGGGAGCCCCUCGUAGAAAAGGACGAUGCUGUGAAAUAUUGCAAUUACAAAGCGAAAGCGGCGAAUAGGAGAAGAGCACGAAGAGGGGACACAGGAACAAAGUACCACUCCCAAGUUUACCUGGCUUCUAAUUGGCUGAAGUUUCACUUAGCAAUUGAUCGCUAUGGACUGUACCCUCGAUUGGAACCAUUUAUUGAUGACCUGCUUGAAGACCUGGCUGUUGUUGACAUCAGUGAAGUUGAUUACACGUACGAUGAAAAGGCUUUGAAUGGCAGAUGCAAUUGUAAAGAAGUUGUGAAGCCAAGUGGGGUUCAUCUGAAACUGCUCCUAAAAUUUCAGAAUUUCGGCAAAGCAAUAUUCAAGCCUAUGAAGCAGAAACGAGAGGACGAAACUCCAGCAGAUGUAUUUUAUUUUGUUGACAUUCAAAGACAUAAUGCUGAAAUAGCUGCUUUUCACCUGGACAGAAUUCUUGAUUUCCGGCGUGUUCCACCGGUGGCUGGCCGAAAGCUUAAUUUAAGUAGAGAGGUCCGAGACCUGACUAGAAAUGAAGAUUUGAAAGGCACCUUUUUCAUCUCACCAGAGAACAAUGUAUGUUUCUUUGCUAGGUGCCUGUACUCGUGUAAGACAGAGUAUGCAGUCUGUGGGAAACCUCACCUACUGGAAGGGUCAGUGUCUGCCUUUCUGCCUGACCUCCACAUUGCCCAGCGGGAACUCAUUGAGAACCCGUGGAGCAGAUCCUACACAUUUGCUGAUAAAAAGGAGUGGGAAACCAAUCCAAAUUAUUGUGAAAAGAUCAAACGUACUCCUCCUUACAACACGGGUAGCAGAUUAUUGAAUGUUAUUGACAUGGCGAUAUUUGACUUUUUAACAGGAAAUAUGGAUCGACAUCACUUUGAGGUCUUCACAAAGUUUGGAAAGGAUGGCUACAUCAUCCACUUUGACAAUGCCCGAGGGUUUGGUAAACACUCACAUGAUGAACUCUCCAUCCUUGCCCCGCUCAUUCAGUGCUGCAGAAUAAAGAAGUCAACACUCUUACGUUUGAAGCUGUUGUCACAACCAGAUUAUCGAUUGAGUGAUGUUAUGCGGGAAUCCUUGCUUCAUGAUGCUCUCAGCCCAGUGUUGACAGAACCUCACCUCCUUGCCCUUGACAGGAGGCUGCAGGCUGUGCUGAAGGCAGUUCAGAAAUGUUUGCAGCAACACAGAUUUGAUGAUGUGAUCAAGGAUGAUGUGGGAGAUGAGUUUGACUACAUGGAUUUUAACAGCAAUGCAGUAGCCAGAUAACCUGCCCACUCACAUUUUGUCCAUAAGCACAAGGAGAGUGAAUGACAAAUAGGAAAGACCAUUGAGAAUAGAAUUCUUCACGCAUUUAAAAGGCAAAUUCUUUCUUGAUGUGGUGGAUUUUGUUUUUGUUUCUUGUGCCACUUUCAAUUAUUUCCGAAGAUGCACUUCUGUUGACUGACACGUAGUAAUAUUUAAGACUGCACAAUUUUAUCCAUCUCUGUAGCCUGGCUCCCCAACCUGGUUGCUCAGAAUAUGAGAUGUGGAACUUUCUCAAAGUUGUUUGGAUUUGCUGCUGAGGAUUCACGGGUUCAUUUUUUUGUCUGAGCCAAUAGAUGGAGCACCAGCUCAUCAGUUCAAUCCUGCACUAAACUGAGUGAAGAAAUAACACUGUCCAUCUCACCCAGCUAUGGGAACCUCCCUUGCUCCAAUUUGGGCACUUUGACAGUGAAUUUCAGGUCUGCCAACUGUAACAUUUUAGAUGGGCUGUCACAUUUUGUUAGUUACAAACCUUUUCUAAGGUGGGGGGGGGGGUUGGAACUAGGUUACAGCUUUAGUCCUGUUAUUUUCUUUGCACUGCUAAACAUUUAUUGGAAACCUGGUGGCUUCAAAAGAACUAACAAGGUCAUAAUUAACAAUCAGGCAGUUAGCAUGGUAUGCCAGGCACCAGAUCUUUCAUUGGGAGGCCCACUCCAUUUUGAUGGCUGUUGCUCAGGAACAUGCUCCCUUGGGACUGCAUGAUCUGCCCACCAGAGGUCAGUGUAACAGUCACUGAGAUUUACUGAACAGAGUGUCCAUGCAACACUCAACUCAGGAAAUGCUCAGCCAGGACUCUAUGUACAUUAUAGAAUCCUGAUUUACAUCAAUUAAUGAGAUAACCCAAUCAGCAUGAUUGGAAAGGCCCACGUUAAAAUGGUGGGGGUGCCCCUGGGCCUGGCCAGGCUGGAUAAGAAGAGGUCCAGGCAGCGGGCUCUGCUGGGGGUCAUCUCUGCUGCUUGUCUACCCUCUUUCACGGCUACAUUUGUGCCCGGGUGUCCUCAGAGAGGGAGCAUGUGGUGUCCGUCAACAGUCUCAAUGCCUUUAGAGAGAGGUAGGUACCGUAGAUAUACAGUGCUAAUUUCUCCUACCAACUCCAUUUUGGUUUAGUCCCUUCCUGCUCUUCCUAUCCCUCACCUAUGAUGGUUUGCAUUGCCAUAAUGGGCUUCGCAUGUAAAUACUCAAUUGGAUACAUGGGUGUUUUACCUGUGGUGAUUACUAUUUAAAACAAAACAAAACUAAAUCGAUGGAGGAUCAACAAUGAGUGGUUCCUUCUAGGAUUGAUUGACUUCACUUUAAUUCUGCUACCAUUAUUCUGCCACUAGCUGGAAGGAAUUAAACUCAGUGUAAUGAUUCCCACAUCGGGACACACAGAAGCAAGUGGGAAAACAGAGCAAGAGGCCUGGGUUCAGGUCCCAACUAUUCCAGAGGUGUGUAAUAACAACUCUGAACAGGUUGAUUAGAAGUAUAGGUGAAAUAAAAAAAAGAAUAGUUUUAUAUGUCAGAGUGCAAACUGGUCUUUGAAAUUCCAGAAAUUUCUGGACAUCCCACUCAGAACAAGAUGGCCUCUCACCUCUGUAACCAGAUAGGCGACAACACUAAUUUUAUUUAGUUUUGUCUCAACUUAUCUCUAUAAAAGUUUUGUGUCACGUCUGCAGCUGCCACGUCUUAGUCCUAUUACAAGUCUCAAAUAGUAAUCAUCUCCACUUACUUUAAUACUUGCUGAUAACUUAGAUUUUCUGACAGUAAAUACUCAGUUUUCUGUAUCAGUUCUGUGGUUUCAUUCAAACUGUCAGAUAACUCAAACUUUGUUGAGCAUAUAAAUGAUUUAGAAUUAUAAAGAAGGAGGCAACAGCAAGGAACUUGCUAAAUGCUGCUCCCUGCCAUUUGGCUAGAGGUGAGGUUCUGGAGUUGGAACAGUUGUACGGAAAUGUCUAACAUAUUUUAUUAAAGGAGGGAAAGGAAUACAAUCAUUUAUGGCUUUUUGUGAUUCUAGUAAUUUGCCCUCUUCUUGUAGGCCCAGGAUUUACAAGCAUGUGCCAACCUACAGAAAUGUCCUUCAGCAAACAGCCAGUAGCAAACCUCAGUAUAGGCCUAAUCUCAUAAAGAAGCUCAGGACAGGCAGUAGCCGUCAAUGGCUGACCAUGUUUAAAUGCAGAAUCCCCUCCCUCUUUGUCAGCUCAUUAACUCAGCCAUGACCCAAAGCACACAGUGGCUGGUUUUUAAUGUAGGUGACAGGGUUCUUGGUACCGUGUCACCUAUUUUCGGGAAAGCUCGGGACAUUAAGUGCCUCUCAGCAGCCGACCUCCCCUGGUAUAAGGAUAUCUCAAGCAGAAGGCCCUUCCCUCAGCCAGUCAGAGGCUGACAACUGCUCAAUUGUGCCACCAGUGAGGCUGUGGUUGUUGCUGGUAAUUCACCCACCUGAAGCCUAGAAAUGGCAAUGAAGGCAAGCCAUUCGUGGAAGGAGCAUUGUGGGGAGAUGAGGGCAGAGGCCUUCCAUUUCAGUAGCCUUCCAUUUCCCAAUGCCAGGUUCUUUGAUCUCCCCCUCAGCCCGAUAAACCAACCCUGACACAUCGUGCCUUUUAGGAGAAAGUGAGGACUGCAGAUGCUGGAGAACAGAGCUGAAAAUGUGUUGCUGGAAAAGCGCAGCAGGUCAGGCAGCAUCCAAGGAGCAGGAGAAUCGACAUUUCAGGCAUGAGCCCUUUUUCAGGCCUUUUGAUUAGUGCCUUUUGAUUAGUGAAUCUCCCCACCCCAAGCUAAUGGAUGAAUUUAUUUUCAUUGAUUGACCACCUGAAGGCAGCAGCAAUCCUGAAGGCCAUCUAUGGGCCUUCCAGCCCUAGACACAAUCAAGGCAAAGGUAGGAAGGGGGUGGAGUCUCCACCCACCACCUUCCAGGGAAUUAAAUGCCCCCCAACCUGUACUACCCAUUUUUUCUUAUCACAAUAAAAAUCUGCCAUUUCUUUCUGAUUUUCAUCAAAACAAAACAAUUAUACUUCUUCCUUGUCUCUGAGCGACUCUUCCUCAAGGUUGUUCUGGAAUCCUUCCUUGAUUUUGUUCACACUCACCUGAAUUUAUUUGCCUGCACAAUUACAACACAAUCACAGAAUUGUUACAGUGCAGGAGGAGGCCAUUUGGCCCAUUGUGCCUGCAGUGGCUUGGUGCUGGACCUCUACUUUUUCCCUUCCACCCUGCACAUUAUUUCUAUUUAAGUAAUAAUCCAAUGCCCACUUAAAUUCCUCAAUUGAACCUGACCACACCACACUUCCAGGCAGUGCAUUCCAGAUCCCAGCAACAUGCUGUGUGAAAAGACAAUAAGACAUCGGAGCAAAAUUGGGUGAUUCAGCCUAUCAAAUCUGUUCCUUCAUUUAAGGUGAUCCUGGCUGAUCUGAUAAUCCUCUACUUUUCCCCAUAAUCUUUGAUUCCCCCACUAAGGAAAACUAACAAUGCUAGCCCACCACUCUUUUUUUCCUGCCUGUCCUUCUGAAAAGUCACAUAACCCUGAAUAUAUCCCAGCUUUAAUCUCCUUGUAACCAUAAGCCUGAAUAUAUCCCAACUUUGAUCUCCCUGUAACCAUAACCCUGAAUAUAUCCCAACUUUGACCUCCUUGUAACCAUGUCUCUGUAAUGGCUCUAAGAUCACACCCUGUAUUCAUGCCACUAAUUAUUUUUUUCUGAAUACAACACAAGUUCAAGUAAUGAGCAAUUAAUUUUGCCUUUUUACCUAUUUUUAUCCCCUUUGACCUUAUUUAUUGAGGUUUUUCUAUCUUUGUACACUGUCCCACUCGGGGUUCAAUAUAUAAAUAGUUGCUUUUUAAUGCUACCAUAUCUUGUUACCUUUCCCCUCUCCCUUUCACUUCCCCUCUCUAAUUGGUUCAAAUGCCCUCUCAACACCUGUCGUUAUUUGAUUCGCCAAGACACCAGUCCCCGCUAAGUUUAAAUGCAAACCAUCCAUUGUAAUAGCUCUCACUACUCCAGUAUUGCUGCCAGUGCCCUAUGAACUGAAAUCCAUUUCAAAAAAGAUUAUUCUCACGACACAAUCACUUCCUUUGCAAAACAAAUCAUAGCAUAGCAAGUACCUAAAGAAAUUUGACUCUGCUCAGAACAACUAACAAUAUUUACUGAGACACUCAGCAUCCACCUUUCCAACAUGUUUGUAACAUUGGAGUUCCUGUGUGUUCAUUCUGCAAGUGGACUUGAGCUUGUUGUCCCUUCUGAUCUCAAACUUUGCAAAUGUCGCCAAGGCCCCCAGGCCUGUUAUUUCAUCAGAUUUCACAGAUACACCAAUCUGACUCUGGCUUUCACCCAACAUGCUGUGUUUAUGUACAGGGUUGAUGAUGUUGGUUGGAGACAUUCCUGAACGUUUUGACACAGAAAGAGCCCUGGACUCGGAGCGUACAGUGUCCCACUUUGAGGCUUUACACAACAGGUGGCACUGGAGUGCAUCCCCAGCCACAACAAAUGUUACUUCAUCUAAUUUAUUCAGUUUCCUUUAAAGUGUUGGUUUACUUUUUUGUUUGUCAUUGGGGUUCAUUGAUGGAGUCCUAGAAGGGAGUACUUAUUACUUAUCUCAAAUAUUUGAUUUGAAACCUGUCAUCAAAUAUUAAAAAUAAAGAAACUAAAACAAUUGA